AUUAUAAAUGUAUGAUUUGAAAAUCGAAUGAUUUGUUUUUUUGUUUUGUGUCAAUAAAUAUCGUGACGUACGUAUCAACAAACUAUUUUUAAUUCAUCGUAUCAGAAUUUGGAACCCAAAAAAAGAAUAAUAAUAAUAAUAAUAAUCUAAAAAAAAAAUUACUAUCCAUCGUAUGGAUACUGAACAACCACCACCAGCAACAACAACUAUAACCAUGACUGGAGUCGAUUCAAUUGCUGGUGGUGGUGUUGCUGCUGGAGAAGGUGGUAGCAAUGAUGAUGGUGGUGUUAUUAGUGGUGAAAAUAUUAAUACUACCGGAACUAAUAAUGGUACACAUAAUGAUGAAAUAAUUAAUAAGAAUGGUGAUAAUAAAACAGAAACAACAACAACAACAUCAUCAACAAUUGAUAUUGAUAUAUUUGGUGGUAAUAAUAAUGAUGAUUCUGAUGGUACAAUAUCACAAAUAGUUGGCCAAUUAGAAUCAUCAAUAGAAUUAUCAUUAUUAAUGGAUGAAAAAAAUUCAUUACAACCGCCAUCUAUUUCAUCAUCAUCAUCAUCUACUAUUCAACCAACAACAAUAAAUCAACAACAAUCAUCAUUAUCAAUAAAUUCCCAGGAUAUAUUACCAUCAAUGAAUAAUAAUAAUAAUGAUAAUAAUACGAAUAAUAGUGAUAAAAGUGAACAUUUAUUGAAUGAAUCACAACAACAACAACAACAAAUUAAUACGUCAUCACCUCCCACUACAACAACAACAACAACAAACGGAUCAUUAUAUAAUAAUGAUAAUCAUUCAUUAAAUUUUCAAUCAUCAUCAUCAUCAUCUUCAGUUGAUAAUAUUGUAGCACCACCACCACCAAUAACAACAACAGCAACAAAUGUUUUCGAUAGUUCUAACAAUGAACAAGAAUCGAAUCAAAAUAAUAAUAAUAAUAAAAAUGAUGAUAUGUUGAUGAAUCAUGUUAAAAAUUCAAAUUUAUUAUCAUCAUCAUCAACAGCAGAAUCUCAACCUGAACAACAACAACAACAACAAACAUUCGAAUCAUCAUCAACAACAACAACAAUGACUGGAGCUGGUGGUAAAAGAAUUUUAUUAAGUGCUAAUUCACCACAACCUGUAAAUAGUUCGAUUUCUAAUAUGACACAACAAACAACAUUGUUAAAAUCAAAUUCAAAUUCAUUAACAAAUGGAACAAUGACACCACCAGAAUCGCCUUCAUUAUCAUUAUCUAAUACAUCAUUGUCGACAAAUACGACAGUAGCAUCAUUAUCAUCAUCAUCAUCAUCAUCAUCAUCGAUACAGCAACAGCCAAUUGCAAUUGGCCAAUUAAAUUCAAAUGUUGUACCUCAACAACAACAAUCAAAUGUUAUACCAUCAACAACCAUAACAAAUAAUACAACUAUGCCAUUAAUAACAUCAUCAUCAUCCGUAUCAACAUCCUUACCGGCAAUGAUUCGUUCAACACCUAUUUCGAUGAUAACAACACAAAUUCAGCAAACAAGUGCAAUAACAACAUCAACAAGUUGUUCACCAUUUGUGAUGACAACAAAUCAAAUUAAUAAUAAUAAUAACAAUAAUGUAACAAAUAAAAUGCCAAUGGCACAAAAAACUGCGCCAAUUUUAAAUUUACAACAAACAAAUGGCGGUCAACAACAAAUGUUGAUACAAACACAACCAUCAACAAAUCAAACAAUUCGUACUAAUCAUCAUCAAAUUCAAAUGCCACAAGUAUCAUUAUCUAAUUCAAUUGUAUUGGAUCCACGAGCACAACAACAGGCUCAUUUACAGCAACAAUUAGCUAAUGUUUCUGCACAUAAUCAAUCGAAUCUACAAUUUCAGAUUGUCAAUGUAAAUAGUCCUAGUCGUAAUACAUUACAAAUGCCUACAGCCGUUUCGGCACCUGCUGGUUAUGCUGUUUCAAAUAUAAUCACUGGAACAAGUGGCACAACAAUUCAAUCAAAAACAGGUACUCCGAUGCAACCACGUUUGGUACAAUUUCAAAAUUCUCCUGUACGAUUACCUAAUCGAGCGACAAGUUUUGCAUCUCCGCUCACAUUUCCUGGACUAGUUCGUGGACAAGCUAUAUUUGUGAAAACUGAAAAUGGCCAAAUGCAUAUGGUAAAUGUUAGUCCACAGGCAUUAGCAGCUGCUUCACCUCAAACAGUAGCUGGUCAUCAAUUAUCAGGAUUACGAUUACAAUUACCAACUGCAGCAGCACAAACCGGAACAGCAAAUAUAUCGACAACUGGUCCAACAAAUGUUACAAUACAACCUCCCACAUCUUCAACUAUACGAACACAAUUGAGCGGUAAUCAGAUUGUUUUACCUGUUUCAUUAGCAGCAACCGCUGGUGGUAAUACACAAGUGGCUACAAUUCCGGCAAAUAAAGUUUCACAAAUAUUACCACCAUCUCAAAUGAUUGCUGGUAAUGUUUCGAUACCAACACCAACAAUGCAAACUAUCGUAUCGACACAAUCAUCGCCAUCAAAUGUUACAUCAAAUUCAGUGACAACAUCCGCAUCAAGUGGACAUCAAGCACCACAAUUAAGAGUUCAUACAACAGCUACCAAUUCUCAGGUCAAUUCGGCAGCUCCAUCACAAAUGUCACCAACAACAGCAAAAAUGAAAUGUAAAAAUUUUCUAUCAACAUUGAUUCGAUUGGCUAGUGAACAACCGGAAAGUGUUGCAACGAAUGUUAAAUCACUUAUUCAAGGUUUAAUUGACGAUACAAUACAACCAGAAGAUUUUACUACACAAUUGCAAAGAGAAUUAAAUUCCUCUGAGCAACCAUGUCUUGUUCCUUUUUUAAAGAAAAGUUUACCUUUUCUUCGAUAUUCAUUGAUGAAAGAAGAGCUAAAAAUCGAAGGUGUACGUCCACCACCACCAAGUGCUACAAUGGCCUAUCCGUCCAAUCAUCAUCCAAUGGCAGGUGCACAGAAUUUGUCUCAUAUUCAAAAUAUCAGUCCGGUUCCUACAAUUUCACCACAAUCUCGACCAUCACCAUUGCCACCAGGUGUUCGUCUAUUAGGACCAAAUUCUAAUCUAAUGACGACAGGAAAUGUUCCUGCUGGUGCCCAGAUAAUAACAUCAUUACAGCCACCACAUCAACAACAAUUACAUCAGCCUCCACUUGGCUCUUCCAAUCAUCUUCAUCAUCAUCAUCAACAACAUCAACAAAAUUCAUUGGGUCCUAUAGUUUUAACAUCGCCAAAUCAUCAUACACAUUGUCCAACAAUUACUUCACAUACAGGUCAUCAACAUCCUGGCUUAAUGUCAAUGUCAAUGUCUCCGAAUAUACAAACAACAAAUACCUCAUUAUCUCAUCAGCGUUUACCUAUUCAUUCUAAUGUUCAGCAACAAUCUUCACCAUUGUUGUCAUCACCUUCAUCGUUAGCAUCGCCAUCAUUGCAAACACCACCACCAGCUAAGUCGAAAAAAUCUAGUUCAAAAUCAAAAGCCAAAUCGGAAAAAGCAAAAAAAGAAAAAGCUGCUGCUGCUGCUGCGGUAACCUCUGUCGCUUCAACGACAUCUUCAUCCACGGCGCCUUCAGGUUCUAUUAUCGUUCCUGGUGGUGAACGUAAUGCUACGGCAACCGCAUCAUCAUCAUUUCGUGAAGAUGAUGAUAUUAACGAUGUAGCUGCAAUGGGUGGUGUGAAUUUGGCCGAAGAAAGUCAACGGAUAUUGGCUGGUAAUGCCGAAAUUAUUGGCCAACAAAUUCGUUCCUGUAAAGAUGAACCAUUCUUAUAUACAUCACCUUUACAACAGAAACUAAAUAAAAUAGUCAAACGAUACGACCUCGAAGAUUGUUCGCACGAUGUAGUUGCUUUGGUUUCACAUGCUGCCGAAGAACGUCUCAAAACACUAGUCGAACAUUUGGGAGCAAUUGCAGAACAUAGACAAGAAAAUCUACGGACUAAUCACAACUAUGAAAUUGUUCAAGAUGUAAAAGCUCAGGCACAAUUUUUACAAGAAUUGGAUCGAAUCGAAAAACGUAGACAUGAAGAACAAGAAAGAGAAGUUUUAAUAAAAGCAGCCAAAAGUCGAUCAAAAGUAGAUGAUCCUGAUCAUAUUGCAAUCAAAGCAAGAGCUAAAGAAAUGCAACGUUUAGAAAUGGAAGAAUUACGUCAACGUGAAGCAAACAAAACUGCCUUACAAGCUAUUGGUAAUCCAAAAAAACGAUUAAAAACAAUGAACAACAAUUCUACAAGUUCAACAAGUUUAUUAUCUGGAAAUGAUGGUGAUAAUAGUGGUGGUGUUGGUGGUGGUGGAAGUAUAUUUAGUUCAUUAAAUGGUAAUACCAAUAAAACUAAAAAUAAUAAUAAUAGUUUGAAUAUUGGUCAAUCAAUAUUUGGAUCAUCAUUUGGUUCAUCUAGAACGACAAUCAAACGAUAUAAACGUGUUACAAUGAAAGAUGUAUUAUUUAUGAUGGAACGUGAUCGUACAAUGGUUAGAUCAACAACAUUAUUUAAAGCUUAUUCUAGAUAACAUUUUAAAAAAAUAUUUAUCGAGUCAUAUUUAUCAUCCACAUCAUCAUCAUCAUCAUCAUUUAAAAAAAUUUCCCGU